AUGUCAGAAGUCCUCUGCGGCGUCUGCAACGCAGAACCCAAGAAAUACAAGUGCCCGACUUGCGCGCUUCCAUACUGUUCAUUGUCAUGCUUCAAAUCGCACAAGACAACACAUCCUGAAACCACAUCAGUCGCCCCAAAGCCAGCAGAGCCAGCCCUCCCGCAACCACCUCCUCCCGCCCCAGUACCGCGCUACCUAAAGAAGCGCACCGACUUCGCCGUCUUAGCAACGAAUCCUAAAUUCCAAGCGCUACUCAAAACACACCCAGCACUACUCCCGUCACUUCAACGCGUAUACGCCAAGACCAUCAAGCCAGACCCCGAAGCUGAAAGUCGGCGGCGCAUGCUCGAGCGAAACGCCUCACGAGGAAGAGGCAUGAGAGGAAGGGGUCGAGGAGCCUGGAGAGGUGGACGUGGAGGUUUCAAUGGAGGGCAGGAGAAGAAGGAAGAGUAUUGGACCCAGAAGAAGGGAGACAAGGACGCGAUGGAGGAGUUGAAGGGUAUAAGAGAAGGAGAGGGGAAAGAAGGAGAGAAAGACGCCAUGGCCGAGUUCGUUGGAUUGGUCGAAGAGCUCUUUGGGCAAUAUGAGAAGGAUGCGAUGGAAGAGGUCUGA